AUGUUCUCUCCAAGACGAUCUGUCGCCAAGCGGUUUUACCGGAGGGUUCUUUUUCUUCGUAACCUUUAUGGGCUCUCAGAUUCCAUGAAUGCUCUCAAGUCAGCGGCAGAAAAAGCUACAAAAGCAUACCGAAUCACCUCGGAGCAACAACGUCAAAAUAUUAUACAAGAGGAUCUGAAUCAGAUCAAAUCAGCCGUCGAACAAAUGAACCGAGAUCCACCCCAAGAGUCUCUCAGCCGGCUUGCGUAUGUUCGAUCUAGCAGCUUCAGGCAUACACUCCCCCCCAGCGGCAUCACAUUCACUGGGCGAUCGGCAGAGUUGAAAGCACUACAUACCUACCUUGGUCCUCUUACUGAAUCAGACCAUGACCAAACUCCUGGUCUGCGUUCUGUCGUUUUAUGGGGCCUUGGUGGGAUGGGCAAAUCGCAGCUCGCAUUAGCCUACGCCCAUCAGCAUAAAUCUUCAUACAAGGCUUGUUUCUGGAUACAAUGUGAAGAUUUGGUCAACAUAUGCAAUGGAUUCAUGAAGAUUGCGAGAAAACUCGGUUAUGAGCCUGCGGGCUUAGAGGCAGACGUACUAAGCGUCAAAAACUGGCUGGAGAACGAAGGAAAACAGUGGCUUCUUGUGUUAGACGGUGCGGACAUGGGGCCAACCCCUGAGUUUCUCCAGCAGUACUGGCCAUCGGGAGACGAGGGCUCCGUUCUUGUGACAAGCCAAGAUAAACAAUGGCAGAUUUCCGACUAUGUCCGCCACAACCUUGAAGUUUCCAGUCUAUCUGAAGAUGAUGGACUUCAGUACAUUAAUCAGUUUAUGAGGAAUCACGGAAGGAGUGUUGGACCAAGAGAGGCGGCGACGAUUCUUGCAGAGUCAGGCAGGCUGCCCCUGGCAUUACAUCAAAUGCUUUCCUUCAUGGUGACCGAGAGCCUUAGUGCAGAAGAGUUUUUGGACCAAUUUAUGAAUAGCAGAUCGGUGGAUGACUGGGACAUGUCGACAUCUCGCAAUCUGGCAACUUUUCUCAACCUCGCCUUCAAGAACCUCGACGAUCCGACGAAGAAGGUACUCGAGAAUUUAUCGUUACUCGAUGUCAAUCGAAUGCCUGGUUUCAUGGUGAAGAAAACAAAAGAACUUUUGGCUAGCGAUGGCGCACAAUUCAAUCAUUUGACUCGAUACUCCCUCAUAAACAAAUCAAAAGAUGAUGGCGAUUUCUACGAGAUGCAUCCGCAGGUCAAGAGACAGGUCAUCCUGCAUGGCGGCAUCUACUCUUGGGCCCGUGGGCUACUCGAGGUCGGACGAGACCUCACCGACGCAGCAAGGAUGCUGUGCGGAACAGGCAAAGUUUCUCUGUUCACCAAAGCACAGAUAUUCUCCUUCCAUGCUUCCAUCAUCUCCGACAGUGGGAGACUCAGGGAGGGCCUCCGCGAAUUCGAGUACGCACUCAUCUUCAGCAUGCGCUACGUUUCCGAAACGGAGGACUCUGAGCCUUCGGAGCCCCUAGCACUACUUUCAAAUGCCUAUAACAAUGUGGCGGCAGCCCAUAACCGCCUCGGCAAUUUUGAGGAGGCUUCAAGAUCGUUAUUGCAACAGGCAGUCGUACUGUUCGAGGAGCGACUUUCGGAACCCGACAAUAAGAGAUUAGCCUGGUCUCUGUUUAAGCUUGCGCUGGUUCAAGAUGAACUUGGAGAUCUCAAGGCCGGAGAGAACCGUAUAAGGGCAGAGGAACUGUAUUUCCAGGAAACGGGACAUUCCGAAGUCACAUUGACCGAGGAUCUACUCAAUGAUUUAGUGCCAUAUAUCUAA